UAAUUGGUCCUCUGGAAACUAAGCUCACAGAGAAUUAAUGCCUUGAAAUAGAAAGGAAAGGGGUAGAGUGUAUAAAAAGGUGCUUCUUAUCCUACCUUGUGGUAGGGUUGUAGAAGGAAAGCAAGCAGGAUGUGGUGGUCAAAGGGAAUAGGGUGUUUAGUUUUGUGCUGCCUGAUUGAUGCAGUGAUUUGUGCAAAUCUCUGGGACUUUUCCAGGCAUGUGCCAGAAAGCAGGCAGCUCCCAAGCAGAGCUAAUAAUCUCAUAAGGCAAUCUGAGUGGUGGCCAAGCUCUUUGCAGCCUGUCACGGUGCAAUGCCAGGAAGCUCAAAUGGUGGUUAUGAUCCAUAGAGAUCUGUUUAGAACUGGCCACUUGAUCCAAGCAGCUGACCUUAGCCUUGGCCCACAAGCCUGCCAUUAUACUUAUCUCAGUACCUCUGGUGACCUGGUUAUCUUUGAAGUGGGACUCCAUGAGUGUGGAACCAAAUUGCAGACCACACUGGACUCCCUGAUCUAUCGCACAAGCCUGUACUAUAACCCCGGCCCUGCAAGCAACCCAAUAAUUGUAAGAAACAGCCCAAUGGAAAUCCCCAUUGAGUGUCGCUAUCCCAGGAGAGAUAAUGUGAGCAGCAAUGCCAUCAAACCCACUUGGAUGCCUUUUAGUCUGACGAUGUCUGGAGAGGGAAUGCUCCACUUCUCCUUGCGCCUGAUGACUGAUGACUGGAGCGCGGAGAGAGCUUCCACUGUGUACCAGCUGGGUGAUUACCUUCAUAUUCAAGCAGCUGUCUAUAGUGGCAACCAUGUACCUCUGAGACUAUUUGUCGAUAGCUGCAUGGCCACACUGACCCCAGGCAGCGAUUCCAUUCCACAAUAUGCAAUCCUUGACUUCCAUGGAUGCCUGGUGGAUGGGAGAGCACAUGAUGUAACAUCAGCCUUCAUAAUUCCAAGACCCCAGCCUGAAACACUCCAGUUUUUGGUCGAAACAUUCAGAUUUGCUGGCGAAACAAGAAAUCUGAUCUACAUUGCAUGCCAUUUGAAAGUCACUGCUGUUGAUAAAGAACCAGAUCUCUUAAAUAAAGCUUGUUGGUUCAACAACCAAAGAAAUACUUGGCUGCCAAUAGAAGGUUCCAAGGACAUCUGUGACUGUUGUGAGGCUGGGAGCUGUGGAUCAUCUGAAGGACAGCUUAGGACAACUGACCUUGGCACUCAUCGUUCACCAAGGCAUGGGGACCGAGUACUAUCUGAGUCAGCUAUCAUUGACAUCUCAAAAGGGGAAAUGGAAGCUGACCUUCUAGUGGGACCCCUCUUAGUCUUUGAUACUGCUUGGGACCACCAGAGAGACCAAAUAAGAACAGAAGAGAGAGUGACUGAAGUAAAAAGUAGAUCACCUGUGAUAGAAGCGGAGGCCGAAUCUGCAGUUGGACUUCAGUUUAUUCUCAAUGCAUAUGAAGAACUAAAAUGGCUUGUAGAUGCUGAAGAGAAUGUGACAUCCAAAGAAGAGAUGCCACAUAUGGUGGUAGAAAACAGUACUGCUGCCAAGCUACUUUCUGAUGCAGAUGAAGGUUCGGGUGACCUGCCAUUACCUGUGGGGGUGGCCAAGAUGUCUUUGCAAGGCAUUGCAUCAGAGAAGGGGACUCUCCUGGGAAGACUCCUAACCAUUGCAGCUGGAAUUCUGAUGUUUGUCCUACUUAGUUACAUCUCUUGGAAUACAUACCUGAUCUGCUAACUUGUAUGCGUAACAAUAAAAACAAAUAAAUUGAGGUUUUUCUUGUUA